CUUAUCAGCCUGUGAAAAAAUCUAGUCAAACAGCCACACAACAUGCACGCAUUCCAGGCUGAUAGCACCAACUUAGUUUACUUCAUUGUCCUUAUUUGGUCUACUCAAGUACAGUGUAACGUAAACAAGAGUAAGUGCUUGGGUCUUGUCAGUUGUAAGAAAUGGCAGAAUUUACAGUGAGGGCAACAGUUUGACUACAAGGUCAACGGGUUUCAAGUUUCUCAAGGGUUAAUUUGGGAGGAAAAAUGCCUUCUAGAAGUAGGGUGCGUAUCCGGUCCAGACGUCAGACGCCGACACCAACCGGCUCGACUAAGAGCAAAGACAGCUCCUCCAUGACACCCACCAUGGACCGUGUGAAUAAUGGUCGAAAGCGGACCGACCUCCCGGGCAGACGGAGAUACAGUAGUAGCAGCACACAGAGGUACAGCACCAGUCCGAGUCCGACUCUCCCACCGGCCAGCACCGGCAGCAGCCUCGGUGCCACCGUCGCUCAGUCGCCGAACCCACCCCCGCUCAGCAACCGCUGGCAGACCACCUUGUCCGUCAUGACGGCCGCAGCCAACAAGCGCAAGCAGCGCCAACAAGGGCCGUACUGGCCCCCUCGGGCCCUCUUCUGUCUGGGCCUGAAGAACCCCAUACGCAGGGCUUGUAUGUACAUCGUGGAAUGGAAGCCUUUUGAAUAUUUCAUUCUGCUGGCCAUCUUUGCCAACUGCGUGGCCUUAGCGGUCUAUGUGCCCUACCCUGAGAAAGAUUCGAAUGAAGCCAAUCAACAAUUGGAAACCGUGGAAUAUGGCUUCCUUGUCAUUUUCACAGCAGAAGCAGCAAUGAAACUCAUUGCAUAUGGUGUAAUAUGUCAUCCUGGUGCUUACUUGAGAAACACAUGGAACUUUUUAGAUUGUAUGAUUGUUAUUAUAGGCAUUGUCAGUAUAGUGUUGGAAACUUAUAAGUUCGAAGGCUUCGAUGUCAAAGCUCUAAGAGCAUUCCGAGUUUUGAGGCCUCUAAGGCUUGUCUCUGGUGUCCCAAGUUUACAAGUAGUGUUGAAUUCAAUCCUGAAAGCCCUGGUUCCGCUGUUGCACAUCGCCCUGCUAUGUUUGUUUGUAAUCAUCAUCUACGCAAUCAUCGGCCUAGAACUCUUCUCAGGGAAACUGCACACAACAUGCUUUGUCCCAGGCUCAGACCAAAUUUAUUUCCAUGAUGGACCCCCUCCGUGUCAACCCGACUUUGGUUCCAGUGGCUAUCAUUGUCCAGUCAACGUGUCCAUAUGUAGGGGGUACUGGGAGGGACCGAACAGUGGCAUCACCAACUUUGAUAACUUUGGACUGGCCAUGUUGACAGUCUUCCAAUGCAUGACCAUGGAGGGCUGGACAACUGUCUUGUACUGGGUGAACGAUGCGGUCGGAAAUGAGUGGCCGUGGAUAUACUUCAUUACUCUCAUCAUCGUCGGCUCCUUCUUCGUGCUGAACUUAGUCUUAGGUGUACUGAGUGGUGAGUUUUCCAAAGAGAGAGAAAAGAUACAGUCCAGAGGGGAGUUCCAAAAACUUAGAGAAAAACAGCAAAUAGAAGAAGCCAUGAAAGGAUACCUGGAAUGGAUUACUACUGCAGAGGAUCUCGAUGAGGGCCGAGGCCGGGAAGAAGAAAAAUCCAUGCCCCACCAUAAGCGCAUUGCCAAGACCUUGCCAUUCCUAAGAAAGGGAAAAGGAAUAGCCCUCUUUCGUGGACAGGAGAAAGCCAGUGAUGCUGGCUCAGCUUCAGAAGCGCUGGAAGCCGGCGAAGGCCCCAUCGGUGCAGAGCCUUCCGGGUGGGCAAGGCACAAUGCUGGUCCGACGAAUUGUUUACGACGGUGGAGGAGAACAAACAGGCUAAUUCGGCGGCAACUACGAGCAGCAGUGAAAACCACAGUGUUCUACUGGUUCGUGAUUGUGAUGGUGUUCCUCAACACCUGCACACUGGCGUCCGAACAUUACAGACAACCUCCCUGGCUGGAAGAAGUACAGAAAAUCUCCAACUUGUUCUUUGUGUCCCUGUUCUCCCUGGAGAUGGUGGUGAAGAUGUAUGCCCUGGGAUGGCAAGCCUACCAGGUCUCCCUCUUCAACCGCUUUGACUGCUUUGUGGUGAUCAGCAGCAUCAUCGAGAUCAUCCUGACGGAGACAGGGGUCAUCCAGCCACUCGGAGUCAGUGUGCUUCGGUGCGUCAGACUUCUAAGAGUCUUCAAAGUGACAAAAUACUGGCGUGCGCUGAGCAACUUGGUUGCAUCACUGCUAAACUCGAUCCGCUCCAUUGCCAGCCUGCUGCUUCUACUCUUUCUGUUUAUACUCAUCUUUGCACUGCUGGGGAUGCAGAUCUUCGGAGGAAAAUUCAACUUCGACGACACCCAGCAGAAAGAUCGUAGUAACUUUGACACUUUCUGGCAAUCCCUGCUGACUGUAUUCCAGAUCCUAACAGGAGAGGACUGGAACGAAGUAAUGUACACCGGUAUCCAGUCGUACGGUGGGGUCAGUCAGAUUGGAAUCCUGGCCUGCUUCUAUUUCAUCAUCCUGUUCAUCUGUGGCAACUUCAUCCUCCUGAACGUGUUCUUGGCCAUUGCGGUGGACAACCUGGCUGAUGCUGAUGCCUUGACUGAGGCUGAGGAGGCGGCCGAGGCAGAGAAAGAGGCCAAGAAAGAGGAGGAGCUGAAGGCUCUGUCUUCAGCGGAGGAGAAGCCUGCAGAAGGAAGCCCCAAGAUGAACCACACAGGAGGUGGAAAACCUAAAGGCAGGUCACAGGAAUCCAUGGAGAUGCGACCCAUCUCACCGGAGAGUGCUUCCAGUCACACCAAGGUAAAAAUAGAUGUGACUGAUACCACUCAGACGGAUAUUGACGAAGAAGCAGAAGACGAAGAAAAAGAUAAAGCCGCUGGAGAAGGCGGAGGAGAGGAACUGUCUGAUGAGGCAGCAGCUGCAGGGUUACCCUGGGAUGAGGAGGAUGACGACGACGAAGAGGGUUUGAAACCCACCCCAGUAGGCGCCCGACCGCGCCGUAUGUCCGAAGUGUAUAUCCCAGACGAGAAACUUCCGAUCCCUGAAUAUUCGGCCUUCUUCAUCUUUAGUCCAACCAACUUAUUGAGGAAGAUAUGCCACAGGAUAAUUACCCAUCCCGUGUUUACCAACCUGAUCCUGGCCCUUAUCCUGAUCAGCAGUGCUGCGCUGGCUGCAGAGGAUCCGCUACGGGCCGAGUCUCCCAGGAACAUAAUUCUUGGAUAUAUGGACUAUGUCUUCACCUCUGCAUUUACAAUUGAAAUUAUACUGAAGGUGAUAGUGUUUGGGUUCAUCAUGCAUCCGGGGUCAUUCUGCCGCAGUGCCUUCAACCUAUUGGAUUUGCUGGUUGUCUCCGUGUCCCUCAUUUCUAUUGCGUUCCCGAAAGGAGGAGUAUCAGUGGUUAAGAUCCUCAGGGUACUGAGGGUCCUUCGACCCCUACGAGCAAUUAAUCGAGCCAAAGGACUGAAACAUGUCGUCCAAUGCGUGUUUGUUGCCAUCAAAUCUAUCGGGAAUAUCAUGCUGGUCACCUUCCUCCUACAAUUCAUCUUUGCAGUCAUCGGUGUCCAACUCUUCAAGGGUACAUUUUUUCAAUGUAAUGAUGAAUCCAAAAAGACUGCUGCCGAGUGCAAGGGCUACUAUAUCGUUUAUAUCGACGGCAACGUGGAGAACGCCGAGCAGAAGGAGCGGGAGUGGGACGUGAACGUCUUCAACUUUGAUGACGUUGGGCAGGCGAUGCUUUCCUUGUUUACAGUAUCCACCUUUGAAGGGUGGCCCAAUCUUUUGUAUGUGGCCAUUGACUCCCGUGCGGAGGAUAUGGGCCCCAUCUACAACUACCGGCCAGCUGUGGCCAUCUUCUUCUUUGUGUACAUCAUCAUCAUUGCUUUCUUCAUGGUCAACAUCUUCGUUGGCUUUGUUAUCGUGACCUUCCAGAACGAGGGAGAAAAAGAAUAUGGAGACGAAUGUGAACUAGACAAAAACCAGCGUCAGUGCAUAGAAUUUGCACUGAAAGCCAAGCCACUGCGGCGGUAUGUGCCAAAGAACCCCAUACAGUACAAAUUCUGGUACGUGGUGAACUCCCAGACGUUUGAGUACACCAUGUUUAUUCUCAUCAUGCUCAACACUGUCUCCUUAGCAAUGAAGUUCCAUGGACAACCAGAUGAAUAUAGCGAAGCCAUGGACUACCUGAACUAUUUCUUCACCACUGUGUUUACUAUUGAAUGUAUAUUGAAAAUUCUGGCAUAUAAACCCAAGAACUAUUUUGCCGAUGCGUGGAACUCCUUUGACUUCAUCAUUGUUUUGGGCAGCAUAGUUGAUAUCUUGGUGUCAGCUCUACUUCAGCCUGGAGCCGAGGUGCCCAGCAUAAACUUCUUCCGACUUUUCCGAGUCAUGAGGUUGAUCAAACUGCUGAGCCGAGGCGAGGGGAUCCGCACCCUGCUUUGGACCUUCAUCAAGUCCUUCCAGGCCUUGCCAUAUGUUGCCUUACUCAUCCUUAUGCUGUUCUUCAUUUAUGCUGUGGUUGGUAUGCAGAUGUUUGGGAAGAUAGAGUUGAACGACGACACAGCCAUCCACAGGAACAACAACUUCCAGACCUUCCCCCAGGCAGUGCUCCUCCUAUUCAGGUCGGCCACUGGAGAGGCGUGGCAGGAAAUCAUGAUGUCAUGCACCGCAGGGUCGGGCGCCAUGUGCGAUGAGAACUCCGACAGCAAGGGUCAAGUCUGUGGUAGCAACUUCGCCUACCCCUACUUCCUUUCUUUCUACAUGCUCUGUGCUUUCCUGAUUAUCAACCUAUUCGUAGCUGUCAUCAUGGACAACUUUGACUACUUGACCAGGGACUGGUCCAUCCUGGGCCCUCAUCAUCUGGAUGAGUUUGUCCGGGUCUGGUCAGAGUAUGACCCCGACGCUAAGGGACGUAUCAAGCACCUGGAUGUGGUGACCCUGCUCAGGCGCAUCUCCCCACCACUGGGCUUUGGCAAGCUGUGUCCUCACCGUGUGGCUUGCAAGCGUCUGGUCUCCAUGAACAUGCCGCUGAACAGCGACGGCACCGUCAUGUUCAAUGCAACUUUGUUUGCCCUGGUAAGAACUGGGCUGAAGAUCAAGACAGAAGGCAACAUUGACCAGGCAAACGAGGAGCUCAGGGCCAUCAUUAAGAAGAUCUGGAAGAGGACAAACCCAAAAGUCCUGGACCAGGUCUGCCCACCGGCUGGAGAGGAUGAAAUAACUGUUGGCAAAUUCUACGCCACGUACCUCAUCCAAGACUACUUCAGACGGUUCAGAAAGAGAAAGGAGGAGGAGAGGAAAAGGGGCUUGCACCGGGAAAAAUCAGUACGCAAAGUGAAAAAGAUGAACUUAACUGAAGCCGUGCAGUUGAAGGCUGGCCUUCGUACUCUUCACGACAUUGGCCCAGAGAUUCGCCGUGCGAUCUCGGGUAACUUAGAGGAGCAACUAGCUGCAGAGGGUAUCGAUAUUGGCGAUUCUGAAGAGCCAUCUCAUAGGAGAAAUCAUUCAUUAUUCGGGAAUCACACGGAGUCCCCUGUCAGGAGUAGCAACUCCCUCAGGAAGACGUCUCCCGUGAAUUCCUACAUGCCCAACUCCCUGGACACAAACACUAACGCCAACGCUAAUGUCAACACCAACGCUAACUCCAUCAAGCCUGCGGAGGCUGCCAAAAAUCCAACAGACAAAAACAAGAAGGACACAGCUGAUCUCAACAACAGCAUACACCAGGACCCAGACCGGAUUCAUUCUCCCGAGCUGGUGCGGUCUCCCGAAGACAUGCGCCCGCUGGGGAACAUGAGGUCGUCUGGGGGCUUGCGAUCACCGCCAGGGAACAUGCAGUCACCUGGCACCAUACGUUCUCCUAUGGGACUGCGAUCCCCAUCAGGAGAGAUUCGCUCCCCUGUAGAAUACGAAGAAUACGAUGACGAUGAAGAUCCGGAGGUCGAAGUCGUGCAUCCCGAUGAUGUUGAUGAACCUUUCUUUACCGCCGCGACAAUGGACGCUCCUUACUGGCGACAGCCGUCAAGUGAAACUGAGGACGAGAGGAAGCCCCUGCGUCCUAAAGAGCACCCUAAGAGGCACAGGCGCGAGCGUGAUUUGUACAGGGACUCCUCUCGUGACUCCGAUUACUAUUCGCGGGAUUAUGAUUAUGGUUAUGGUUAUGGUUAUACUGACAGGGAGAGAGGCCCAGAUCCAUGGAUGCAGAGAAGAGAAGCCGGGCAGCCCCACUACCCCAGCCCCAGCAGACGCUCUCCUAGCAGGAGAAAAUACAGGGGUGAGGACCAGCUACCAAUGCCCAAACGGGGCGCUGGGACAACCAGAUACACUCAGCAACAGGCAAUUGCAAUUGCUGGCCAGCCGCCAUCAGGAGGUUAUGACAUCACAGAGAACAACUGGCGCACCCCUCCCUCCUCCCCAGGGCGGGUGAGGUCGUCCUACCCCACCCCCGCGGGGAGGCCCCAGUCUGUCAUCAGCACGUCCUCUACACCAGCCCGCGGGAACAGCGGCGGCGUGCGCCCCAGCCGGUCGGGCUGGGACUACAACAACAUACCCAAAAGGGAUCCCGCAUCUGCCUUCUACGAGGGGCUGAAAACGGGCUCUCUGGGGCCCAACAGCGAGAGGCAGCACUCGAGGAGGAAUAGUAGAUACGACAGUCAUGCAAUGAAUCUGGUAGAGCAGGUGCUUGUACAGGAGGGUCUUGGACGUUAUGCUGACGACCACCUUGUAAAUGUAGCCAAACACGAACUAGCCGAGGCGUGCGACAUGACCCCCGCCGAGCUCGAUUACGCCGCGCAGGAGAUGAUGCGAGAGCAGGGCUACGACAUGACCGAGAGCAGCUAUCACUUCGACUAUCCCUACCUGGAACACAUGGGCGGGAGCUACGACCUGCCAGACUACCCACCCGUAACCCACGGCAACAACCCACGCCGCCUGCCGGAGGAGAACUAUGUGCGGCACCCGCCGGAGGGGGACAGAGACCACCCGAUGCACAGGCGACCUGCAGGUCCCCUUUCCUCAUCGUCACACGAAGCAUCAAUGGUCACCCUCUAAAAACAAUUGCUACCUCGAUGAAAGGAUGGCUGACGGUCGAGGUCGCAGGCAUAGCUUUGCAGAAGUGAGUCCGAGGUUGAAGACCAGUGAGAAAGAAGAAUGCCAUUGUUUUGGCCAAGUGCGUCAAACAGACUGGCGAGGCCCAGCAGUUUCAAACUUACAGGUGGAGAGGCACAUUAAGGCAAUAUUGGCUGCUUAUCUUGCCUUUGUUACUACAAAGAUAGCAUUUAAUAACUUGCAUUAUGCAGUCAACUAAGAACUUUGAAUAUCCAUGACAGAAAAUAUGACAUUUCCUGCAAUACCAUAUAGCUAGCAGAUGUUACAGUAGUAGUCAACAAAAAGCUGAUCUUCCUGGCAACCUUGGAAAGUGAUGAAUAGUAAGCAGAAGAAGGAGAUCAUGAGUUUAUUGUACACAAAUGUAUACUUCAGCAGAGUAACAUGCACCACCUCCAAACAUGUCAUCUCAAUAAACUGAUGAUGACAAGCAUAGGAAAACUGUAAAUGCCACUUGUUCCUGAGUUUAUUUUUAUAUACUUGCAUUUGAGGAUUGUGGUGCUCCCCUUUCGGGCUAAGACUAGCCCAAAGGAUCCUAUUGAAUUUCUUUGGAAUUCAUGGUUGCAUGUAUUUGAUACUGAGGUAUUAAGGUAUUCUGAUUGGAUUUAUUUAUUUAUUUACCUUUUACUGAAAAGAGUCUGAAAAUCUACGGCAUCAUUAUCAGGAAGUUGGGCAUGACACUGUAUGUAAAGGGCGCCAUGGCCAAGGGGUGCUCGUUUUGAAUGUGAAGUAAGCUUGGAAGCUAUUAGAAGUAAAAUUGUAAAAUAGUGACAGGAAAGUAACUGUACAUGUCUGUUAAUUUUACUACAUCCAUCCUGUUUGGAAUAUCGUGGGCAGUGUUUUGGGUACAACAUCACUUAACUGUUUCUCCUACUAUAAACAGCAUCAUGCAACUUAUCCUUUACCCAAGGUGGUGUCUUCGAAUUUAUAAAGCUCGAAAAUAACGAGACUAUUUUUCCCUCAUGAACCCUGAGAGUGGACUGAAUACAGUCCACAUGUUUGUACAACUUGGAACAAAACUUCCAUAUCUUCCUCAAUAUCCUCAACGGUUGGACUAAAGACGAAUCGAAUGUGUGCAUUUUGCGUUUUUCUGUCUUUUUUCGUGGCAUCCCUGUCCUUGACAAACAAGUUGACGGGUCGAGCCAGACGCUUGCGCUGGCCGGCCCAAGCACAGAGGUGCAGGCAAGGAUGCCAGUCGAGUCUUGACAAAGUAAUCUGAGCAUCACCAUUGGUAGUAGCUUGAAAAAAAGCGAAACCGUGGUGAAAUCAGGAUGAUAAGUGACUGACAAUGUGCAAAAGAAGGACGAACAAAAGCUUGUCCUUUGAUUAUACUGCUUCGGCAAUACUGCUUUAAGAAAGUAGUAGCUUUUGAUAAAACACGCUUUGCUCAGUGUUCUGCUUUCGAUCAAACCUGUGCCCUGGGCCAAAGUUUAUGUUUCUAAUGAUGCUCAUGAUGUGAAAAGGGUUGUUUGGAAUUCGGAAUUACUCUAUUCUGAUUCAGACAGGAAACAGGAUUUUGCUGUUGUUCCAGGACCUGCCUAGAGUUGGAAGGAAAUUCUAAGGUUAUAUUAGCGAUGGAUACUGGGUGAUAAUUUCCUGAAAACGGGAACCUACUGAAGAUAGAGAUAAAAACUGAUGCUGUGUGAUAGAAAUGAUGUGAAAAAUUACUGCGUGUGGAGUGUGUAUAGAGUAUUUCAAUAUAGCUACGAUGACCUACGGCAUUGCAUUUACACCUGUGUCUAUGAUUGUAAUAUUACAAUGGCCUUAACCGAGCAGAAGAUCAGGGUCAACCUGUACGAUAAAACUGACGAAAGAAGAGGCUCAAACAAGCUAGACUGGAAAGACUGGUGCAUGAACUGUACAAAAGUAAACAAUGCAUGUUCCCUUUGUAAACUGAUAUUUUCCGUACAGGAAAAGACUUGUUGUCGAAACCUUUGCAAUAAUGCACAGUACGUGAUAUAGAGGUCAAUUUGAAAUCAUGCCAAAGGUAUGCAUGACAUUGUACGAGAAUUUAACUCCAUUGCAGUUUUGAAAGCUUUUCGUUUGGGCAUCGUAUUUUCUGCGCUUCUCUUACUUGCGAGGCAACUAGUGCGAUUCAUAUGAAGAAUAUUUCUCUGAUAUUGCAAAGCUAGAUAUAUGUUAUGAUUGCUCCCAAAAUUUUUAUAUGAAAAGUAUUUUCCAAAACUUGCCAAUUUUGCAAUGUUCCAGUUCUGCUGCUUUAAUAAGGUUUGGCAUUUGUGAAGAGAUGCAUACAAUAUAAACAGCUGCACGGUCCGAAUCUAACUGUAGCCAGAGAAAUUUCCUAACUGCACAUAUUUAAGGAAUUUUUAACACAAUGCGGUUUGUACUCCACACUUGUAAAUUAAAAAGUUAACAAACCUUUUGUAUUACUUUGGCAUUUGCGUUGUUGCCAUGUAAGAAUUGAUAGUUAGACUGUAGAUAGAGUUAGGAAGAGACUAUAGAAUAAAUAGGGCAUACUGCAAUUUGACUUUCAGUACAUAUAUGUAAUAUAUUCAUUUGCAAGGAAUGUUAUGGAAGUGCAAUAAACAAUUUGAUUCUUA